GAUGCACACAUCGUAACGGCAUUCAUCCAACGGCAUUUGCCAACGCCUCCCUCCCUUGUCUAGCGCCAGAAACGUCGACACCGCAGGCCGGCCCAGCAGCAGCAUCAAGGUGACCAAGUCGCUGUCCUACAAGUACUGUACAUCGGGCAACGUGUGCGUCUGUGUGCGUAAGAUGGACGUCGGGAGCCUCAAGCAGCAGAAACCUCAGUCAACUCGCCGCAGCGUGCUGGCCGCUGUCGGCGGCGUGGCCGCCUACCUCGCCACGAUGGCCGCCGUCUUCGGCCUCUGCUUUGCCGCAGUGCAACGUAAGCCACCCACCGCACAAACAGAACGAGACACACCAGGCCUUUGGUUUGGACCCACCUCUCUGUCUCUCUUGGCCGGCAGUGUCGAAGGACGUGGUGGUGUCUGAGGACGAUAUGCUCGUGAGCAACAAGGACCAAGUGCCGCUGAGGUUCAACGAGGACCUCCAGUUCGUGCCUGUCGAGGGCUUGGCCUUCCUGCCGCUCGCCGAGAUCCAGAAGCUGGAAUCGCUGCACAUCCUCGUGGGUCGACACACACAGAGAGAGACACACACACAGACAGACAGACAGACAGACGGACGAACGGAGACAGACGAUGCAGACGCACACUCGAUCAUCUGUGUGUGUGUGUGUGUGUGUGUGGUUGGUGUGUGUUGUGUGCGUUUGUGUCCGUGUGCAGGUUGGCGAGGACGGCGAGCGUGUGUACAACAUCCAGGCGGUGUUCCGCGACUUCAAAUCAAACACCACGGAGGCCCACCUCUCACUCGGACACAAGCUCGUGUCCACACCUGGUCAGCAGGAGCCCUGACUGACACACAGUCAUCCAUCGCUGUGUCUGUCUACGAUGUGUGUUUGUGUGGGGCAUUCAGGCAAGUUCUCCCUCAUCGACGAGAAGGGCGAGGUGGUGUUCCAAGAUGAGUACGACUACGAGCUGACGACGCCAGAGGAGGCCGCCAAGGUCAACAGAGAGGAGGCCGAGGAGCUGUCCAGUAGUGAGGGCGGCGGCAUGAGACGGAGAUUGGACCCCCGCGUUGCUGGCGCGAUACUCGGAGCGAGUGAGCGAAGUCGACAGCAAUUCUUACAUGACGCAUCGUGUUGACUCAUUUUGCUGUCUGUCUCAGUUUUUGGCCGCAGGGGAGGCUUCAAUUACGGCUACAGGCCGCCGAGGAGGACAGGUAUGUCUGUCUGCAAUGACGAAGAUUGCUUGCACCCUCAUCAUAUAUGUCCUCACAAGGAUGGGAUGGACGCCCACGUGUGUGUAUCUCUGUGCUGUGUGGUGUGCGUGUGUGCUCAGGAGGCUCCAGGUCCACAACCUACCAUGCAGACGGGUCAGUAACCCACCAUCAUAGCUGGGAAGUACAUCACCGGCGGUUGUCGAGCCGCAUUGUGUGAACAACAAACCAGCUGAGCUGAUCUGAUGGCGGUCAUCCUGGUUGCCAUCAGCGGCUGAUGUAGAUAGAGGGAGGGCACACACCGUGAUUGGGCCCUCGUUUUUUCAACUUGCGGUUCGUGUGCACACGAGAGAGAGAGAGAGAGAGAGAGCACGGAAAGAGAUCGGAGAGAGAGGCUGGGUUGUGGCAUGUGACGUGGCAACAAGGGAACGAGCACUCGAGCGAGAGAGAGAGCAGCAUCGAAGAGUGAGUAUGCGUGUGUAUGGUAUUGCUGUGUGUGCUGUGCUGUAACUAUUUGAGCAAGAGAAGAGAAAAGAUCAUGUCCAGCGACCGACUUACUUGGUCUACUUGGUCACAAUCUGACCAAGUUGGUGAGUCUCGUUCGUACAUCCCUUUGUACGUGGCUUUGCGUCCCUUGGUACGGUGGCCUGGGUAGAGUACAGCGCGCACUUCUCUCAACAGCAGCGAUGUGCGUACGGUGUGUCGGUCUGUCUGUCUGUCUGUCCGUCCGUCUGUACAGUGGGCGUGGCGUGCGUUCUGUGGUGGUGGGUCGUUCUCGCCACCUGUUGUCAUCCGUCUGCGCGGUAGGUGUCUGUCUAUACCUUUAAAGAGCAGCAUUUGAUGCACGAGAAACAAAGUCUUUGGUCGAUCGAGAUAAGUGAGUGCCGCAUGCAGCGACCGGCACGUCAGCCGGUCGGUGGCUCGUUGAUGGCGAGCGCGCGCGCGUGUGUGUGUGUGUGUGUGGAAGACAUGUGUCUCCGAUGUGUUCACACCGCAGUGAAUGAGUAUAAGGCGUAUCCCUCUCUCCUACAAGCACUUGCACAUCCAAAUUGCAGGAUCAGGAUAAUCGGUGCCAUCACGCAUCACCUCAUCAUCUUACAUAUUGCAGUUGGUGUCUCUCCAACACGCCCAAACCGCCGCCAUGAACAAGGACACCUGUGCCGCGUCAUUCCAUGGCUUCUCUCUAUGCCCAUCUUCGUCUGUGUGUGUGUGUGUGUGCGUGUUUGUGCGCGUGUCAGUCUGUUGUAUGUUGGUCGAGUGAGUGGGGAGACGUCACCGCCACAUAUAUGGGGAUGUGGGAGUGGGUAUGGUGUGCGUAAUUGGGC